AUGCGGCCCCUUGUAGCCAUCAAACGAGGCGGUGUCGGCUCGUUCACGCCGAAGAUCGGCAAUCUACAAAUACUGGAUACUGGCAAAACUUCGUUGACUCUCACCGCGUUGGUGAAUUUCACCAAUCCCACCGAGUACAGUGCAACCGUACCUUUUGUCGACAUCAAUAUCCUGACCAACGGCACAUUACUUGGGCACGCUACAGCCAAGGAUGUGAGCGUUGUUCCCGGAAUUAAUACCAACAUCCUCGUAACAGCCAUAUGGGACCCUAGGACAUUGGGUGGCGAAGAAGGCCACCAGGUUGGUGUCGAGUUCUUGUCUCAAUACAUUUCUGGUUGGUGA